AUGUCAGAUGGAACUAAGUUGUUGGAAGAGCUUCGAGUUAUAGAUUUGCGAGCAGAAUUGGAAAAGCGUAACCUAGAUAAGAGCGGCAUACGAAGCGUGCUUAUAAAUCGGUUAUUCAAGCAUUUGGAAGAAGAGGGACACGAUCCUGGAACAUAUAAAUUCGACGUAGGUGUAAAGACGCCAGUAAAAAAAACUAGAAGAUCCGAAAGCACUGUGGUUGAAGAAAGUGAGGAGCCAGUUAUAGAUGAUAUGAUCGUUCAGGACACUACCGGUGACGACAACGUGAAGGAAAAAACUGAGCAAACGCAGAGCAAUAAAUCUGAAGAAAGUAUGGAUGUGGAUGAGAGUAAAAUGAGUCGUAAACGAGAGAGCAAAGAUAAUUCAGAAGCUCCUGAAGCUAAGAAACAAUGUCUUGAUACUGAUGACAAACUAGAGGAUGACCAGAAAGGCGAGAACAACACAGAUGCUGAAGAUAGCAUAAAUUUAGAUCUUGGAGAAGAUGAAUUGCUCAAUGAAGAGACUGAUAAUACAACUAAAAGUAAAAAAGAUGAGGCAGCACUGGAGGAGGCGGCGCCACCAGACACCGAGUCUACGCCUCACGAAGAUGCUGCGACAGACACUGCUGCAUCAACUGAAAACCAGCAAGUAACCACCGAUGCCGCUGCCACUAGCACUAAUAAUGGUGAUAUUGAUGAGAAAGAUAGUAAAGAUGAUAAAGACAAAGAUGGUGAAAAUGAAAAGAAAGAUAAAAAAGAUGACUCAAAAGAAGGCGGCGCAAGGAAUUUGUGGGUUAGUGGACUAUCUGGGGACACGCGCGCUAAGGACUUGAAGCAACUUUGCAGCAAGCAUGGAAAGGUAAUUGGAGCUAAAGUUGUGACCAACGCACGCACCCCGGGAUCUCGUUGCUAUGGUUACGUUACAAUGGCUAGUCCUCAAGACGCUGAGAACUGUAUUAAAAAUUUACACAGGACAGAACUACACGGUCGCAUGAUAUCGGUGGAGAAAGCUAAAUCCGAGUCUGAUUCUGCAUCACGACGGCAAGCGUCUGGCUCACGCUCUGAAAGACGACUGAGUAAGGAACGCAAAGAGGAGCCAAAAGAGAAUGAGGAGUCCAAAGAGGGCGACAAAGAGAAGGAAAAUAAGCAAAAAAGGGAAGGAGAGUUGUCUGGUGACGAGAGCAAUCGGUCCACAUCACGUACACGGGAGAAAUCGCAACGUUCUGAAAAGGAAAGACCUAAACGGAGUACGAGAAGUCGAGAACGUAGGAGAUCGCCUAAAGAAAUCCUAUCAUUUUCCAAGAUUUGGAAGGAGCGUGACGAUGCACGCGCCCGAGAACGGUCGCGGGCUGCGCGCGAAGAAGAAAGGAGACGGCGCGCGGCUGAAGACGCCUUGCGCGAGAGAGAGAGAAGGCAACGCGAGGAAAAGAGACGGCUCGCAAUCGAGCGGGAGAAACUACGCGCUGAGAGGGAGAAAAUUGAACGAGAAAAGAAUGAGCUGCUGCGUUUAGAACGAGAAAGACAUAGGUUAGAGCGAGAGAAACUCGAACUAGAGAGACUUGAACUGAAGAGGGAGCAACUAAGAUUAGAAGAAGAGCGUCGAAAGCGAGGCUAUGAGAGCAGCAGUUAUCGUAAAGCGGGAUCACCACCGGAGCCGGCUUACGAAAGCAGACAUAAACGCCCACCACCGCCGACUUUUAAGGAUGUAAUUCCAUCACGCAGUAGCCAGUUUGAGGCUCCGCCCCCUCCUCGCUUCGACAUGUCGUCCAAUUACGAGCGGAGUGACAAGCGCGACAGAGAUCGUGAUUAUAAACGGGAUUAUCCUAGACAUGUAUCAUCUAGUAGCAUGAAAUAUCCAAGCAAUGGAACAUCAAAUGAUGAUUCGAGGCAACAGAUGCCACCAGGAUCAAGGCCAAAGGAGCCUAGCCGUACGUACGAAUCGCGUGAAAGCCGACAGUAUAGGCCGUCGCCACCCGCGAAGCCCGAAGCACGCAACUGGAAUACCACAACGCGGUAUCCUGAUGGAACUGCACCCUCCAAAGCUAGUGCGAGCAGCGACGCCACAUGGACAAGCAGCGAGACGCGAUACCCAACGUAUGAUACCCGGUACCCGGCCGCCUACCAACCCCCUCCGCCCGGAGCCACAUACCCCGACCGGUACGCACCCAGUGCCAGGGAGUACGCACGCAAGUACUAG